GACACCUCCUUGAGCCGGGUGGCGCAGGCGCAGUGUCCCUGGGCCAAGAUGGCGGCGCGGUGCCCCACGCGCUGGUUGCUGGUGGCUGUGGGGUCCCCGCGGCUGCCGGCUACAGCGGGGAGAGGAGCCCGGCCGCCCAGGGGGGACGUGGUGGGGGCUUCACUGGGCCACAAGCUGAACGUCACUGCAUUCUCGCCUUCCCUGAGAGCUCGAGGCUCCGGGGCGCUGCUGACAUUGAGAACUGGUGUCAGCUUCAAAGGAGUAAAAAGUUACCCUUUUGUUCGUACUGCAUCCUUCCACACGAGCUCCCCUUUGGCCAAAGAGGAUUAUUACCAGAUACUAGGAGUGCCCCGAAAUGCCAGCCAGAAGGAGAUCAAGAAAGCGUAUUACCAGCUGGCCAAGAAAUACCACCCAGACACAAACAAGGAUGAUCCCAAAGCCAAGGAGAAGUUCUCCCAGCUGGCAGAAGCCUAUGAGGUGCUGAGUGACGAAGUGAAGAGGAGACAGUAUGACACCUAUGGCUCUGCGGGCUCGGACGCCGGCGCCUCCGGACAGAGCUACUGGAAAGGGGGCCCCACUGUCGACCCCGAGGAGCUCUUCAGGAAGAUCUUUGGGGAAUUCUCAUCCUCUUCUUUUGGGGAUUUCCAGAGUGUGUUCAGUCAGCCUCAGGAGUACAUCAUGGAGCUGACGUUUAAUCAGGCUGCCAAGGGGGUCAACAAGGAGUUCACCGUGAACAUCACUGACACCUGCGAGCGGUGUGACGGCAAGGGGAACGAGCCUGGCACCAAGAUGCAGAACUGCCAUUACUGCGGCGGCUCCGGCAUGGAAACCAUAAACACAGGCCCCUUUGUGAUGCGCUCCACGUGUCGGAGGUGUGGUGGCCGAGGCUCCAUCAUCACAACUCCCUGCGUCAUAUGCAGAGGAGCCGGACAGGCCAAGCAGAAGAAGAAAGUGGUGAUCCCUGUGCCUGCCGGAGUCGAAGAUGGCCAGACGGUGCGGAUGCCUGUCGGAAAAAGAGAAAUUUUCAUCACAUUCAGGGUGCAGAAAAGCCCCGUGUUCCGGAGGGACGGUGCAGACAUCCACUCUGACCUCUUUAUUUCCAUAGCUCAGGCUCUUCUUGGGGGGACAGCCAGAGCGCAAGGCCUGUACGAGACAAUUAAUGUGACGAUUCCCCCUGGGAUUCAGACAGACCAGAAGAUUCGGAUGAGUGGGAAAGGUAUCCCCCGGAUUAACAGCUACGGCUAUGGAGAUCACUACAUUCACAUCAAGAUAAGAGUUCCAAAGAGACUCACAAGCCGGCAGCAGAGCCUGAUCCUGAGCUAUGCCGAGGACGAGACCGACGUGGAGGGGACGGUGAAUGGUGUCACCAAUACAAGCACGGGAAAACGGUCCACUGGGAACUAGGCCGGGAGCAGCAGCCCCUCCGUGUGGCCAGGGCCCUGGAAGGAUUCCGGAACAGCAACACUGCGCCCUUGCCUGCAGAGGCCCUGGACCACCUUGGCAACAGCAAAACCAUGUGACAACACACCUCUCCACGGACUAGUCAUAGGGGACAGCCCCUGGGCAGUAGGGCGUGGCACCCAUAAGGGAUGGUGGAAAUUUCCCGUCCAUGGGUAGGUAACUUGGCCUCUUCUAGCUCAGGCAGAGUAAAACAACUGGACAUUUCUUGCAGAGCUAAAACUCUAAUUUGGAAUCAAAAGUGGUGGAGAUAUUAGUUAAAGAAUUAAAGGCCAUGCUUACAGCUUAAAAAUGAAGCCUUAAGCUGCACUGAGUCAUGAAGUGAUUAAUUUCCCUCUCAGCAAACCUCCGGGAGCUUCUGGAAUGAGUCUUUUCUGCCAGAUUGUCUUUUUGAGGAACCUGGAGCUUGCACGCCCCACAGUGUCCUCCACCCCUCAGCCAGGACACCCUGUGCUCUUGUCGGAGUUUAUGUCCCAAAGAUCCCAAACAGCUGGAACGUAGGCGCCUUGGGGCCUGGGGACGCACCUACCAAGGGGGUCCCCAAAGAUGUCAUUCCUGACCAUAUGGGCCGAGAUCUUUGUCAGGACGGAUAAUCCUUGCUUCCACCCUGUGUGGGGUGGCUUCUCGUCCCUGACUGUUGAGUUCUUCUGUCCUGGGGCAGGCGUUAAGGGGGACUCUUGCCCUUCUGCUCAACCCCAGAUGGUCACUGCUACAGCCCAGGGCCGACUAACAGCCUGUCACCCCAGAGGCCUGCCCCUCUGCCUGCCAGUGGCUUGGUUCUCACCACUCACAUUGCUGACAUCGGUUUUUAGAAGUGUGUGUAAACUGCUCAGUGUUGAGAACUGCUGUCGUCUCUAUAAAUGUUUGUUCAGAAAAGGGAAGCACAGUCUGAAAGGUUGAAGGUUUCACCGUCCAGCCAGAGCAAAACACACUGUCCCCAGUCUCAGCCUGUAGGGUGUGCGGGCUCCACAUGCUUCCAGAUCCUCCCACUGGUAAGACAGGCUAAUGGAGAAGGCUUACAAAUAGUUUCCUUUUUGUUUUCCUUCAUAAUUUACAAAAUAAAGCAUCUAUUACUGUGAUCUAAGAAUGUAAAAUGA